UGGAAAAGCGCAUGAGCGGCGCGUCCUGCCCAUGGUGCGCGGCGUUCUUCUAGUGGUGUGCGGCGCCCUCCUCACGCCGUAACUGUUCCUCGGUAGCUGUCGGGCUCUGACGAGAAUGAUGGAUUUUGAGAAUCUUUUCUCCAAACCCCCCAACCCGGCUCUCGGCAAGAAGCCCGCCACGGAUUCUGAGCAAAGAAUCGAUGGUGAAAUAGAUGAUACAGAAGUUGAAGAAACACAAGAAGAGAAAAUAAAAUGGAAAGUAAAACUGAAGUGUGAGCAAAUUUCCAAAAAACUUAGGCACUUUGGAAACUCUACAUCACGGAAGAAUUUGCAACGUAGAAAAUCAAGAAGUAAGGACUAUGAUGUAUAUAGUGAUAAUGAUAUCUGCAGUCAGGAAUCAGAAGAUAAUUUUGCUAAAGAGCUUCAACAAUAUAUACAAGCUAAAGAGAUGGCAAAUGUUACUCAAUCCUUAUCGCUUCCUGAAGAAUCUGUGAAGAAAGAGGGAGCAAAGGAUACCCAGAAAGGUAAAGCUGUUAAACAAAAAAAUAAAAAUAAAAACCUUAAAGCUGUUCGCAAGAAUGGUAAACAGAAGAAAAUGAAGCGAAAAUGGCCUGGCACUGGAGACAAAGGAUCAAACGCUUCCCUGAGGAAGAGUGGCUCACAGGAACAGGAUGGUAAACCUAAAGAGAAGCAGCCUGUGAGAAUGAGUCAGGGAUUCAUCAACCAACAUACGGUGCAACGCCAGGGAAAACAAAUUUGUAAAUAUUUUCUUGAAAGGAAAUGUAUUAAGGGAGACCAGUGUAAAUUUGAUCAUGCUGCAGAGAUAGAGAAGAAAAAGGAAAUGUGUAAGUUUUAUGUACAAGGAUAUUGUACCAGAGGUGAAAACUGCCUGUAUUUGCAUAAUGAAUAUCCUUGCAAGUUUUACCAUACAGGAGCAAAAUGUUAUCAGGGAGAACAUUGCAAGUUUUCACAUGCUCCACUGACUGCUGAAACACAAGAACUGUUGGCUAAAGCUUUGGAUCCUGAAAAGAAGUCGUCAUGAAAAUAAAAUACAUAAAAAAGCUUUGUAUGGAUGAAGAGUGCUUGUGUCUGCCUGUUGAAGACUAUUCAAGACUUGAUUUGGAGUGGUUUACAAGAUUCCUCACUUAAAGCGCCCUCUUGUGUCAUUACAGUGAUGUGCACCUCUUCAGUGGGUGGCGCUGAGGGAUGAAUGUAGUGUCUAAGUGAAGGGUUGGUCUUCACCAGGAUGGUUCCAGCCAUUGAAACAGGGGAGGAGCAUAUGUGACAGAGAUGCUGGCUGGUGGGUAAACGUUGUGGCCGUAUAUUGCAGAAGUCUCUUCUGAUUGAUUGCGUUUUCUCAAUAAAAUAGGAAGAAGGUUAGGCUGAGUGAGGAUGGAAGAGAGAAAACUACUAUGUUCCACUGGGAAGACAUUGGGAUAAUAGACAAUGAAUAUACAGCUAGAUCUUUUCAUGUCAUUAAAUACAUUCACAACGUUUUUAUUGUUUGCUCGUAGUUCUGUUUUAUGGCUUAAAUUAUGGUUCUGUGAUUUUUUAAAACCAGUUUCCUAUUGGUGAACGAAAAAGUUGUUUCCGAUUUCCUACUGUUAUAAAUAAAACGGAUCAGUGUCUCUUGCUAUACCAUUCCUAAACCUGGAGUUCUUAAAUUUUUUGUUGUUAAAAUAUAAGAAUGGUUAUCUUUUUCAUUGGUUCAUAAACUGUAGUCAGAUUAUACACUUGCAGAACAUAAAUUUUAGGAGUGUGGUGAUAUUUUUAAUAUAAUAUUGCAAUACAAAAAUUUCCAAGCAUGAAUAAUAAGAUUCUAAAUAUGUACUUUUAUAUAGUGGUACUGAUUAUUAUUAGAAAAAUGAAAUUGAAACUAUUAUCAUAAUAUUGUUUUAUUGCUGGGAAAAAUAAUAGCAUCACUAACUUGCUGUAUACAUUAGAGUCCACCAAAGUUAGUGACGCUUCUUACCAAAGUCUUUUUUGAAAAUAUGAGUCAGAAUUAUUUUGGUUGUAACCUAAUCCCACAAAAGCAAGAAAGGGAAUUGCUUAUACUCAAGCAAAGGUAUAUCAGACAAGACCUGGGAAAGUAAGAAACAACGAUGGAUCCUGGGCCCUUAGCACCAGGAGUAUGUGAGCUGCAAGUGCGUCACCUCUCAGCGCCCAUUGCAGUCUUCCACGUUCACUCCAUGGCUGUGCUAGGAAGGAGGGAAAGAUAAUGCACUAGAAUCGUCCAGAGGAAGUCACAGGGGAGAGGGGCUGAGUUGAUGCUUUAAGAGGGUUCAUUACAAGAAGCUUCAAUAAUUUAAUGAAAUUGUGCAAGGGAGUGGUUAUAUUACCUGUAGAAUUGAUACUUCAUAUCUUCUUUAAAGAUCACAUACAGUGUAAAGGAAUUCAGGAUCUUGUCAUAGGGCACAGUUGUAGAAGGUACAUUUUAUGGCCAAUCUGUACAUGAGGUAACAUUGGCUGACAUAAAGUUUAUGUAUGAGAAAACAGUAAUUCUUAUAUUCCAAGAGGCAGUACCCAUCUCACCUGUAAACUUAAAAGACCAAGCAGAGAUUUGAGGGAGUGAGAAUCAGAGAAGUUUAAAUAGCUACAACUAUCAUUAUUUUGAAGAGGCAAACAUCACUGUGUCAGUGAAAUCUCUUAACUUGUGUUAAAUCAAGUUGAGGGAGAGACGUUUUCCCUCAGAUGCGCCCUGUGCACCUAAAGCAGCCAUCAGGCUGUGGGUCUCUAGUCUGUGGGUUAUUACAGCCCUUUCUAACUGGACUCCAGCCUCCAAUUUCCACUUUCUUCUCUACAAUUCUCUAAGGAGAGCUUUUCCUCAGAGCAGAUUUCCCAAUGUACUGCUUCAGUCAUGCCUCCACUGUGUUGUACCUUGAAUCAGGGUCUGUUUGUCUGCCUGGUUGUAAGUGCUCUGAAGUCUGGCCAUCUCGGCCAUACAAGGCUUUAGUGCCCAUUGGCCUCUGCUCCUCUCUGCUCCCUUGGGUUUCCUCUUAUGAAGUAAAUCUCACUGACCCUUGAUGCAGCUCCAAGCAAGUUAAUACCAUAGGUAAAAAAAGUCUGAACCAGAGGAAAUAUAAGCAAGAAAGUUGUAAUGGGGAAAGCUGUACAUGGAUUUACAUGUCAUUUGGUCAGCAUGGUUAUCAUGGCUGUAUUAAAUUUAUCUCUGAUCUUUUUAAAAAUUCUUUUGGCUGCACUGCGUGGCAUGCAGGAUCUUAGUUCCCCGACCAGGGAUUGAACCCAUGCUCCCUGCAGUGGAGGCAUGGAGUCUUAACCACUGGACCACCAGGGAAGCCCUAUCUCUGAUCUCUUUUGGAGCCAAAACAAAAAGGAUGAAGUGGUUAUCUAUUUACCUCUCAUUUUCAGAAAAGAGGGAGGGUGCAAAGCCUAACUCUUCUAAUAAUACUUCAUAAAAAUGGUUCUUACGUAGGUCUUCAUUAUGGAAAUCACUGAGUAGAAUGGAGAGAAUUCUUAUUUCUAAGAUUCUUUGUGACAGGUUCAUAUAACUUUUUUACAGUCAGUUACUGAAAGCCACGUGACAGCAAAACUCAGUUUUUGUCAUUUGGUAAGAGAAUAUAAGUCACGUAUGUAGUCUUCCAGUGUGUUAACUUGAUCUAGUUGUAGAAUGUCAGGAAUUCAGGCGCAGAGGUAUUGAAUGACCUGCUCCCUGUCUUAAUAGGAUUCCUGACUUCCAGCACAGGUACCUCAGUUCACUGACUAGUUUUAAUAAACAUAACCAUUGAGGGGUUAAAAAAAUACUGAUGCCUGGGGCCCACUCCCAGAAAUUGUGAUUUUGGGGAGUUUGGGGGGAAGCCUGGGAUGUGGACAUGAGAUUUUUCAGUAGUUUCCAGAUGAUCCUACAUACAGCCAUUGAAAACCACUGGUCUCAACAACUAAUGGAAGUGCCAUUCUUGCCAGUAAUUGGCUUCAGCUUUAUUUGUUGUUUGUUUGUUUGUUUGUUUUUUGGCUGUAUUGGGUCUUCGUUGCUGUGCCCGGGCUUUCUCUCUAAU